GCGUAGCUGGAAGGGAAGACAGCCAGUGAGUGGGCUGGGCUGCGGUCUUGUUUUCGGCUUCUUACGUCGCAAAUAACGCCAAUGUGACCAUUUAGACCCAAUACAGGGUUAGACAAACAUCACAUAAUGAGUUAGAGGCUGUAUUUCGUGUGUGCCAGCGCACUGAAACAUGGCUCUCUGCAGUAUCCACCUCCUUCUACUGCUCAUUCUGCAGGCCCUGAAGACAUCAGCUGAGGGCUCAGAUGGGAAGUUGGAGUGUCUGUGUGAAACCCCUCAAUCCCUCCAGGCCACCAAGUGCCACGGUACUCGGUGCUUUUCCUCUGUCAAAGUCAGCAGCAGUGGAGUGGUGUUCGAGCAUGGCUGCCUGGAGGGGCUUGACAAAAUCCGUUUGCAUUGCUCCACUGCUCCGUCUUUCCACCAGGCCAUUUUCUGCUGCUCCCAGGAAAUGUGCAACGGCAACACCACCAGGAGUUCGCUGAUGUCUCUGCUUCCAACAGCCCCAGAAGGCGAGCCAGUUCGGUAUCGUGUGGAGACCUUAGCUCUUUUCGUUCUUGGUCCGGUGGUGGUUCUGGCUCUGCUGUCUGUAGUGUCAGUUUUGGCCUGCAGGAGGCUCCAUCACGGCCGUCUGCAGAGGCUGCAGGAGUUUGACACUGAACAGGGAGCCAUAGACGGCCUCAUCACCUCCAAUGUGGGAGACAGCACUUUAGCGGAACUGUUGGCCCACUCGUGUACAUCGGGCAGUGGUUCAGGUCUUCCCUUCCUUGUACAGAGAACCGUGGCCAGGCAGAUCAGCCUGAUGGAGUGUGUAGGCAAAGGGAGGUAUGGAGAGGUGUGGCGGGGACAGUGGCAGGGGGAGAACGUAGCUGUAAAAAUCUUCUCCUCAAGAGAUGAGAAGUCCUGGUUCAGAGAAACAGAGAUCUACAACACUGUGCUGCUGAGGCAUGAAAACAUACUGGGCUUCAUGGCGUCCGACAUGACUUCCCGCAACUCCAGCACCCAGCUGUGGCUAAUCACUCAUUACCAUGAGAAUGGUUCGCUUUAUGACUACUUGCAACGAGUUGCCGUGGAGACGUCAGAGGGCUUGGCGAUGGCGGUGUCGAUAGCUGGCGGCCUUGUGCACUUACACACAGAGAUCUUUGGCACAGAGGGGAAACCGGCCAUCGCACACCGGGACCUGAAGAGCAAAAACAUCCUGGUCACUAAGGAGCUGCGCUGCUGCAUCGCAGACCUGGGGCUGGCUGUGACCCACUCCCAGGCAGACAACCUGCUGGAUGUUGGCAACAAUCCGAAGGUUGGUACCAAGCGCUACAUGGCACCUGAAGUGCUGGACGAGACCAUUCAGACAGACUGCUUUGAUGCCUAUAAGAGAGUGGACAUCUGGGCCUUUGGGUUGGUGCUGUGGGAGAUAGCAAGACGCACAUACAGCAAUGGUAUUGUUGAGGAGUACAAGCCUCCGUUCUACGAUCAGGUGCCAAAUGACCCGAGCUUCGAGGACAUGAGGAAGGUGGUGUGUGUGGAGCAGCAGAGGCCUUUCAUUCCUAAUCGUUGGUUCUCUGACCCUACUCUCUCUGCUCUGGUGAAACUGAUGAAGGAGUGUUGGUACCAGAACCCCUCUGCAAGACUUACAGCACUGCGUAUAAAGAAAACCCUAGACAAGAUUCACAGCUCUCUGGAGAAAGGCAAGGAGUCAUGAGAGGGAUAGGAGCCUCGGGGGAAUCUGCCUGAUGUCAGGGAUCCGCUCAGAGAAGAGUCCAGUGUUUGUGAAAUGUGAACGGACAAUAAGAUGGAAGGACAGACGACCAGAGGAAGGACCUGUUCAAGUGUCAUCCAGCCUCAUCCUUCACUUUCUCUCUCACUUUCUCUGUGGUUGCCUUCCACUGACAUCUCUCUCUUACUUGAAGCCCACGGACGUUUGGACUUGUCCUGUCUGAAUAAGCCAGCCUUUGUUACAGGACACAAGUCAGUUGCCAUUGUGCAAACUAACCUGAACUAUAGACUGUUACCAAGCGUGACGAACAUGGAUGGCAUAUUGUAGUACUCCAUCCCAAUGCUUUAACGCCCAUGCAAGACUGCACACACACACACACACACACACACACACACACACACACACACACACACACACACACACACACACACACACACACACACACACACACACACCAAACACACCAAACAUACUGAGUGUCUCUUAUAAUUCAAUUUCUGAUCCUCAGUCAUUGUUUUUGGCAUGUGGAUGUGGGAUUCUGCUCAGAGACAAUCAGAAGUGUUUCACUCAUUUAGCUUUAUGAGAACAUGAAAACUAUGGCUACAAAGUCUCACAUGGCAAACUACACAAAUAUGUUCACUUACAAAAGGAAUACAGCCAAUAGAAUCAAAUAUGUUUUAAACUUUUUUUUAAAAUUGUAUGAUAUUUAUUAAAUCUCCACUGCUACCAUACUGCUGUGGAUAAUGUAACACUAAUGGUGUGUGAAAGGAUUAGGCAUUUACUCGACUGAACUUUCUGCACCCAUAUUGUCAUUAUUGGAGCUCGUGAAGAAUGUUUUCUUGAGAAAUCGAAGAAAAGGGUAGGAAAUUGUUCCCAGUGAGCUUGUUUGUAGGAUUGGGAAAAAUGAAUAAAACACUAAAGAUACACGAUGAUCUUGGUGAAUCUUGGUGGAGUAGACACACUAAGUACCUGCCAAUAGGAAUUAGUCUGUAUCUUACAAUAUGAAUAUGAUAGUCUCUGCCUGGCACUCUUUGUAAAGUCACUGUGGCUCUUCUGUGCAAGCAGAAAGGAAUCAAGGAAGACUUGUUGGAUAUUGGAGGUGAAGUUGUUUUCUGUAGCGAGAUGGGCUUGCAUUGACUCCUCGUCUCAUAUAACACUGUAUAAUUUGCCUGAAUAACAAGAAAAACACUUCAUCUUCAUUUGGAAAGUGUUUAAGAUUGAUUUUAAACAGACAAAGUUGCCAGCUGGAUGGUUACAAAUGAAUUUGUUCUCAAAUGCUGGGUUUGUUUUGGAAAAAAAUUUGCGUUGUCUUUUUUAUAUGUAAUAAAACAGUUACUGCACUCUU